AUGCCGGCGGUUGACGACGACGACGACAACGAAGAAGACGUCAUCGCGCCUUUACCGCCCGCGAGGAAGCGACAUGACGUGAAAUUCAGUGAUUGCGAGAUGCGCCCGAGCCAAGCGAACGCGGCGAAGACGAAGACAGCGAACGCGGCGAAGACGAAGACAGCGAACGCGGCGAAGACGAAGACAGCGAAAGUAGCGAAGACGAAGACAGCGAAAGUAGCGAGCGCCAAGUGGUGCGCGGUGAGUAUAGCAGACGAAUUUGACGGCGAGUUGAUACCGGGAGUGCUUUUGGAUGCGAAGGAGUACGUCAAGAAGGUGUCAGACGCGAAACUACGCGCCGUUCGAUUGCUCAAUUCCAAUCGAGUUUUGUUGCUUCCACCCUCGAACUGCGCGCGCUACGCGAUUCACACUGACGCGAAGACCUUACGAGAGACGUGCGAUCGCAUGGUGUUGGUGAAGAACGCCGGUAAGACAUCGACCGAGUUGAUGAAGAAGAGGCAGUACUUCAGAGUCUUGGCGCCAGCGCUACCGCCGAAACCGCUGCACGACGUGCUCGAGACGAACGAGGAAUUUGACGCACCGCUCAAUAGAAUUACGUGGUGGGAUGGCGACGUGUACGUUUUCGCGCAAGCGCGCAAGGAUAAUCCACAGAACAUUGAUAAAGCGUUCAUCAGAAUCGAUCGCACCACCGGAGAGAAACUCAAGUUUACGAACUGCUCGGCGACUGGUGAAGUCGAGAUAGGCACACACAUGAAUCGUUUACGCUCUAACGAAUCCAUAAGAAGAUACCUCGACCGAGCUCGCGUCUACGCAAAAGAUUUGCGAAAAAGGUGGAAGCGAGUAUAUGACGAGGGAGGUCAGCGGCUGGAUGUCCCUUCAACUCUUCCGGAGUUGACGACGACGGUGUCAGCGGUGGUGGUCGAAAAUGGUGUUCCGAAAGAUGCGUUGGCGUCGACGACGAUGAAGGUCAUCAAAUCGAAACCGGUGACACCCAAACGUAAGCUUUCUGCUGAUGACUUGGAAACAAAGGCAACCAAGAAGAAGUGCGACGUCAACGACGCGGUCAAAAAGCCUGUACCGAAGAAACGAAUCGAGGAAAAGCCAGCGAAACCGGUCAACGUGCCGUGGGGCGGAAACCCGUCACCAGUUAUCGUCGUCGUCGGUGCCGGUCCGGCUGGACUGGCUGCGGCGAGAAGUUUGAAAAAUCAUGGUGCAUCCGUAGUUGUUUUAGAGUCGCGCAGCCGACCAGGUGGGCGCUGCAACACCGUUGAAAUGCGGGAGAUGGCGAGCGCGGGCUUACCGAGCGUGCAGGUUGAUCUCGGUGCAUCGUUCAUUCAUGGUUGCCACGAUUACAAUCCUGUGUAUGCGAUUGCCAAGAAGCAUAAAGUCGCGCUCAACACGGCAGGUGGCGGUUACAGCGCUGGAUGGGGAGAAAAGUCGUCGUGGUAUAACGCCGAGGGCGGACGCGUGAAAGAACAAGACGUUGCGCAGGCGUUUCAAAUCUCGCGCAAGGCGACUGAAAUAAUGUUUAUUAAAAAUGCCGAGGACAUUGAGCGGUCGCUGUGCGUGCCGAUAAAAAGCACACAAAACGAACAGUUACAGGCGCAGCAUUUUAUCGCGUCGCCGUCGGCGAGAGGUUACGAUGAAAUCGAGGAAAAUUCUGAUUGCUCCUUGGAAGACGCCUUCAACUACGCGACGAACCAAAUCGUGAACUCUUUACUUAACGGGAAGAAACGUUUUGAAAAGGUGAAACCAGUGUAUGAUUCGAUACCAGUAAUCACUUGGGCGUUCGUUGCGCCUAUGCGAGAGUUGUCCUUCGUCUUCGAGCGAAAUGUGCAAGACGAAAUCAGAGACAUUCUCGCCCCUGAUGGGCCAGUCAACGCAAAUGAAACAUCAUAUGUCGAAAGCGAAAGUGACGCGUCCACAGUGGACUCCGCCGUAAAACGGCCGCCGGGCAAGGUGGAAAACAAACAGUUAGAUUUUUCUGACGGCAUGGUCGUGAAUGGAUACAAAGACCUGCUCAUAGAUCGAUUAAUUGGGGAGAAAGAUGGCGCGCUCGAUAUCAAGUAUGAGCACGUCGUCAAUCGUGUGAAAGUCGACGAGACAUCUUUCAUGAACGAGUUUGGACAACAGAUCAAGGCAAAGCAGAAGUCAUACUGUGUUACGUGCACAAACGGGACGCAGCAUCCGUGCGAUUACGUCGUUGUCACCGUGCCACUGGGUGUCCUAAAAAAGAAUCGCAUCGAGUUCACGCCGCCGUUGAGCGAUCAAAAGUUGCGCGCGAUUCAACGCAUAGGAAUGGGUACCGAAAAUAAGGUUUACAUGCGCUUCAAAGAAAUGUUUUGGCCGAAGUCGAAAUUCUUCCAAGUCACCGAUCCACGUUAUCGCUUUCUGAAUUUAGACGCGUACGGCAAAAAACACACCCUGUUAGCGCAUGUCGCCCCGCCGUACGCGCACGACUUCGACGGUAAAGAUGAACUUGAAAUUGUUCGCGGCGUUUGUCGAGUGUUGCAGAAGAUGUUUCGGUUGAAGUCACUUCCUGUGCCAGAUGACUACAUCGUCACGAACUGGGGAAACGACGAGCACUCUUUUGGCGCGUAUUCGUAUGCGCGCACCGGCACGACUGUUCUCGACGUCGAGGCUUUGGCCGCUCCAGAGCACGAUGGACGGCUUUACUUCGCCGGAGAGGCGUGUUCAAUUACUGGACCGCAAUGUGUGCACGGUGCAGUCGUCACUGGCAACGCCGCCGCGGUGAACAUUCUCAGCCUCGGCAACGUUGACAUUGACGUAAGCAAAAUCGUCGGCGGCGACGCGGGCAUGCAAGAGGACGAAGAGGUGAACUGGAAACAGUGCCACAAGUGUAGCGUCUGGCGUAAAGUUCCUUCGGUGAGCAUGCCGAUUGUGGAGGACAAUAGCCUGUGGGAAUGCGCGGACGGCGGCGUUUGGAACACUUACCUCGCGAAAGAAGGGUGCAAAUAUAGCGACGAGAGCAAAAUGUAG